GGAAGGAAUAAUCUCGAGGAAACAAACAAAACCUGUGGUGGGGUUUCUUUAGGAUUUGCAGGGAGAUAGUGUUAGGCAGGUCCUUAUUGGUGGCAGUAUAUUAUUGCUCAAGGAAAGGCAGGAGGUAGGAGCUAUAACAACCAAAAGAGAAGAAUACCAAAAGGGACGCUAUACAAUCCAUUUCUUGUUAUUUUAGCCCCCCUCUCUUGUUUGCUAAUCCCUCUUUAGAAUCCUUGGGAUCAGCUCUGUCCCCGCCUCUCCGGGUGGUUUCUGUCAGAACAACGUAGCACCAAGAGCGCUUGCUCUUGCUUGGCCUCAAAGCCAGUUCUUACAGAGGUACUGAUUUGGACUGCCGUUUUUGCUCCUAUUAGAUGCUGAGUUCAUCAAGUGACUGAAAGACUUCGGUUUCUUCCUCUAUGCAGUCCUCUUCUUGCCAGUUCAAAUCUUGAAGACAUGAUGAUAGAGUGCAUUUGCUUCUGAAGAGGAGGAUGGCCACGUUCUUCUCCACCUCCACUGAUCAGAGGGGUCUCGCCGGAGGCGGUGGCGGUGGCGACAUGUCAUUCCACCACCACUACCCCAUGUCCAACCAAUACCCAGACGCAGCGACCGGCGGACUGAUCCCGCUCCCGGCGACCAUCGCGCACGGCGGUGACGGCGACGGCAGAGACGAGGCGUCCGCGUACAUGAACUCGAGGGACAGCGCUGAGCUCGGCGGCCUGCAGACGCAGCUGUUCAUGGGAGACGGCGGCGUGUCGGCGGCGCAGCGUACUCAUCAGGGCGGCCAGCUGUCGCUCAGCCUCGGCACGCAGGUGCCGGUGUCGCUCUACCAGUACGGCCGUCCGGGCGGCAUGACUCCCUCCUUGAUGAGCCCGAACCAGCAGCCGACGAUGGCCAUGGCGGCGAGCAGGAACACACCGGGAAAUAUGUACGUGCAUAACUCAAGGUUUCUGAGGGCGGCACGCGAGCUGCUGGACGAGGUGGUCAGUGUCCGGGAUGCGAUCAAGAAGAAGGGGGACAGGAAGGACGACUCUGCUGGUAACGGCGAGUCUGGCAAGGCCGAUGGAGACAAGGGAGACGAGCACGAGGGGAGCUCCUCCGCGGCCGAGCUGUCCGCGGCGGAGAGGCAGGACCUCCAGAACAAGGUGACGGCACUGAUGGCCAUGCUGGAGCAGGUGGACCGGAGGUACAGGCACUACCACCAGCAGAUGCAGAUGGUGGUGUCGUCGUUCGACGCGGUGGCCGGAUCCGGUGCGGCGAAGCCUUACACGGCGCUGGCCCUGCAGACGAUCUCUCGGCACUUCCGAUCGCUGCGUGACGCGAUCGGCGCCCAGGUGCAGGCGGUGCGGCGGAGCCUCGGGGAGCCACAGGACGGCUCAGGCGCGGGGGGGCUGUCCCGGCUGCGGUACAUCGACCAGCACCUUCGGCAGCAGCGCGCCAUGCAGCAGUUCGGCAUGAUGCAGCAGCCACAGCACGCGUGGCGGCCCCAGCGUGGCCUCCCGGAGUCCGCCGUCUCCGUCCUCCGCGCCUGGCUCUUCGAGCACUUCCUCCACCCGUACCCGAAAGAUUCGGAGAAGGUGAUGCUGGCUAGGCAGGCGGGCUUGUCGAGGGGCCAGGUGUCCAACUGGUUCAUCAACGCGCGCGUCCGGCUGUGGAAGCCGAUGGUGGAGGAGAUGUACAAGGAGGAGUUCGGCGCGGAGAUGGACUCCACCAACUCAUCGUCAGAGAACGCCGGCAACGGAAAGCGCGGCAAGGUCGAGGACGCUGUAUGCUCGGAGGACCAGGAUCGCGACGAGUUCCAGAGCGCGUCGACGCACACGCACGCUGGCGCGGGGCAGCUUCUCAGCGCCUACAAGUCGGAGCCGGUGUCCGGCAUGGACGCCGGGGCCCUGUCCAGCCUCGGUGGCGCCGACAUGAGCGUGUACGCGCCAGGAGGCCUCAGCCUGAACCACCACGGGCCCGGCGGCAGCAGCCUUCUUCAAGACGCGUUCGCGCACCACGGCGAAGACGCCAGGUUCGUGGCGUACGGCGGCGACAUGGCCGAACUCGGCGGUAGCGUGUCGCUGACGCUGGGCUUGCAGCACUGCAACAACAACGCAGGCCACGUGCCGCCGGAGCAGCAGGGCCUGCUGUACGGCGGCAAUCCCGGCGACUUCGACUUCCUCAAUGGAGCCGACGAUCGGCAGCGGUUCUCCUCGUCGUCGUCCCAGCUGCUGCACGAUUUCGUCACAUGAGCGGCGGCACAGCUACUUACGGAAAGGCGCAGGUGGCGACGUGUCAGAAGCAUGCAUAGGCCGGCCGGCCGGCCGGCGCCGCCGUGGACACACAUGCAGUACAUGGUGCACGGUUAAUUUGAAGCAAGUAUAUAUAUACAUACACGUAUACGAUUGGUUUGGUAAGUGAAGUAGGUUUUGUAUAUGAGAUGGUUGGGGGUGUAGCUGCUGUAGUAAACAUACUAGAUUGGUAUUUUUGCUAGACUGCACAGAUUCCAUUGACGAAUGAUUAUUUCAUGAUACGAUGAUCUGUUGAUCCGGUCA